AUGUCUUCUCAAAUAGUUAAAUUCGCUGCUCGCCGGGCUUUCACGACCGUCAACGUAUCCCGCACCCAGGCCCGCGGUUUCCAGUCAUCACAAACACUCCGUGACGUUGCUGCUGCACCAGCGCGGAAGCCCGUUGGUGCUUUUCGGGGAGGACUUUUCGGAUUCCUCACAGGUGCCGUUGCGUCCGGCGCUGGCAUGUACUACUAUGUAUUCAACGAAUACCGCGUUUCCAAUUCGCUAUUGACGGAAGAUAUCUACGCUCUCCAAUCCGCAGUCCAGCGCCUGGAAGGAUACGUCAAGAGCAUUGAGGACAAGGUGCAGAAAAAAUAG